AGCGCACUGCUGGAGCGGCGGCGCUUCGCAACACUUUGCUGGCCUCGCGGCUUUCCGUAGAGACGCUCCAAACAUGGCUGCCUCCGUGUGCUAACGUGAGUGCAACUCAUAACCAAGCCGUAUGUGCAGCAGCGAGGAGAUUCCACUCACUGCGAGAUUGUAUCGCCUUGAUAUUAACCCUCCCGGACAAUUUAGAGAAGAAGCGUCCACCUCGAGGGAGGUGUCACAGGCGGUGUACCUUUCAUGCUGGUGCGGACAGCUCGGCUCUUCCCCCUCAUCAUCUCCCAUCAUCUGCAUCCUUCCCGCACCCGUUCUGCCACACAGACGUUUCAGUUGAGCUUAGGCAUUGCUGCUGCCCCCAGCAGGGGGCUGAGGUUCAUGGAGCCCCUAAAAACUGCCCCAGAGGUUCCCACCACCAAACCUCCUCCCACUACUGCCGAAUCUUCAGUAGAAGACACGAGCCUGGCACCCACGGACACAACGGAUGACAACGAGAAGCCACUUCCAGCAGGACUGUUACCCGGGGAGACAGUAGUCAAGGAGGGCAAGGCGGCCAUCUUGUUCCCCAGUGCUAAUGAGGUCUUUUACAACCCAGUCCAGGAGUUUAACAGAGAUUUGACCUUCCAGAAUAAUCCCUUUGGCCCUCCAUUUCAGCGCGGCCUUCGCGUGCUGGAGGGUCUGGCGGCGUCCGGUUUGCGCUCUGUGCGCUUCGCUCUGGAAGUCCCGGGCCUGCAGAGCGUCACCGCCAACGACUUCUCCACCAAGGCUGCGGCGCUGAUCGCCCGCAACGCCCAGUACAACGGAGUGAGCCACCUGCUCCAAGCCAGCUGCAGGGACGCCAGUAUGCUGAUGUAUGAGAUGCGAGGGAAGAAGGAGCGUUUUGAUGUCAUCGAUCUGGAUCCCUACGGGAGCCCCGCUUCCUUCUUGGAUGCCGCCGUGCAGGCCGUCAGUGAGGGAGGUCUGUUGUGUGUAACAUGUACAGACAUGGCGGUGAUGGCAGGAAACAGCGGAGAGACGUGCUACAGCAAAUACGGUUCAGUCUCCAUCAAAGCCAAAUACUGCCAUGAGAUGGCUCUUCGUAUCAUCCUCCACAGUUUGGACCAGAGGGCGGGGGUGUACCAGCGCUACAUCCAGCCCCUGCUGUCCGUCAGCGUCGACUUUUACAUCAGGGUCUUUGUACGCGUCUUCACAGGACAGGCCACAGUCAAAAACUCAGCAAGUAAACAGGCUCUGGUCUACAACUGUGUCGGCUGUGGCUCUUUUCACCUACAGAGAAUGGGCAGGAGAACAAGCAAUGGAAAACAUAUGAAGUAUUCUCCUGCCACCGGACCCCCAGUUGGACCAGAGUGUGAGCACUGUGGACAGAGACAUCAGCUGGGGGGUCCAAUCUGGGCGGAGCCCAUCUACGACUUACCAUUUGUCCAGAAGGUUUUGUCUGCUGUGUCGGGGAACCCGUCCCGAUUUGGGACGUCCAAACGCAUUGAGGGUAUGCUCAGCAUGGUGACUGAGGAGUUGGAAGAUGUGCCUCUUUAUUACACUAUGGACAGUCUGAGCAGCACGAUACACUGCAGUACUCCACCCCUGCUCCAGUUUAGGUCUGCUCUCCUUCAUGCAGGUCACAGAGUUUCCCUCUCUCACGCCUCUAAGAAUGCCAUCAAGACAGACGCUCCUCCUGCAGCUAUCUGGGACGUCAUGCGAUGCUGGGAGAAGGCCAAUCCCGUGAAGAGGGAGAAGCUGUCAGAGACGAGCCCCGCCUUCAAGAUCCUCUCCACGGAGCCCAGCUUAGAAGCCUGUUUCACUGUGAGGGAGGACGCCAACCCUCAGUCCCGUAAACGCCAUUUAACCCGCUUCCAGGAGAAUCCACAGGCCUUCUGGGGACCCAAAGCUCGAGCCAAAGCUGGAGGCGGUAUUGUUACUAACCUACAGGACAAGAGGAAGAAGUGCCAGAACAAGAGAAAGAACCAGAUCACAGACUCCUCGGAGGGGAAAAACCUUCACUGCAAGAAGUUCCGACAGGGAACAUGCACAAAUGGAGACAAAUGCGGCUACGCCCACAACCUGGAGCCGACAACGGAGGAGAAAAUAGAAUGAUUCUGUCUUAAAUCAAACAUUAGUAUUUUUUUUUUUAUAUUCCUUUUAUUUCUGGAGUUUGAAUGGCCCAGUGCAGCCUGGACAAAGUGAGUAUGAUGCACUGCAGUCUGAUUUGAGUAGGCCCUAAAAACAAA